AUGGACACCAAAGCAUCACUCCCGACAACCCAUGGGCAACACAAUGAACAGUAUCACUUCCAAGGGUACCCUUCUGGGCAGAUAUACCCACAACAAGGUCAGCCACCUACCGUGGAACCACCAAGUUACCAAUCAACAUACCCUCAACAGGUAUCAUCAGCUAAUCAAGCCCCUUACCCGCAACCACCACCGGUACACGCUCCGUUACCACAGCAACCGUCACUUGGACAUGCACCGUACCCUCAACAGCCUACAGCACCACCAGGACAUGCUGCAUACCCACAGCAGCCGUCACCAAGACAGGCGACAUAUCCUCAUCAGCCACAGGACCAGUCACUCUACUCAAUAGCAGAGCAUGACAACGAUCCGGUACAACCCAACCCGCAGAAACUACCUCCUGGGGAAGUACAACUAUCAGAUUCUACAACAGUCACCAUGACAACGACGACUGUGAACCAAGUGUCGCAAACAGUUGUUUACCGUCAUGCACCUGUGCAGACCCACUGUCCGUAUUGCAAUACUGACGUCAUCACUAAGCUUCAAUACAAAAAGGGAAUGAUCACGUGGGCCAUCUGUUGUAUUAUCUGCCUUAUCGGGGGAUGGUGCGGAUGCUGUCUGAUUCCAUUCUGUGCAAAGAGCUGCAAAGACGUUGUCCAUGUCUGCCCUAAUUGUAGCAACAUUCUUUCAGUAUUCAAACGAGUGUAAUUGGUAUUAUUUACUAAAAAAUGCCCAAAGUUGAGAUUAAAAAAUCUGAAGCAUAUGACCGUGAUCGAACCAAGUUCAAUAUUAUUACUAUACUGAGCAAUUGUACAAAACAUUUUGGGGGAAACUUUCCAUCAAUAUAGUGUGAACAUAUCAUCCCACUAAAACUGCAUAGAUAAUUAAUUUAAAUCUUUUAACAGUAUGAGAUCAAUAAUAACUGAUUUGUCUUAAUCCCAAGUCACCGGGAAAAACAUCAGGAUAUGAAGAAAUACUUCCACCAUUUCACAAAAUUAUAAUGAAAAAUGUUAUUA